CGACGGCACCCGACAAGAAUGGUACGCCGGGGUGCAAUCGUGUGAAUGUUUUGCUUUCAUGGGAAUGAACAUCGCCGCCAUCCUCGCCAUCCUGUACGCCUUCAAGAAGUCCUGUCGGUACAACACUGAGGUCAGGGUGGGCAUCGUCCUCGGCGGCAUUGUGGGAGCCGCCGGUCAUCUGACUGCUGUUAUUGUGUUUGGCAUCCUGAGGAAGUCGCUCUAUGGUAGUAACUCAGAUGGUGAGCAGCUCGGUUUCUCCUACGGUUUCGCAGUUGCCGCCUCCUUCUUCUCCUUCGCCUCUGCCAUUGUCGCCGCCGUGGACAUUUGCGUGUCGCCCACCUGCAGCCCAGCCCCCUCAAAAGGUGACUCGUAUGUCAACACCCCUCUCUAAAGGUGGAAAACAACAUCGGUAACAAACAGACUUGUGAGAGACAUUGAAGUGAUUGUCGUCUCAACAUGUUCUUACAGUGUUAGCAGAGCGUGUUGACACAAAAAUGCAAAAAUAAGAAGCUACAAAGCACUUAGACAAAGAAACACGCAGAUACACGAUCAAACACAACAACAACAACAACAGUUUUCGUGUUAAAAGCACUUAUUAACCAAUGGUCAGUGAACUCAUCAAGCUCUUAAGCCAUGCUUGGUAAUUGAAAGACACCAAUGGACAUAUAGUUGCCAUUGUUUGUUUUGUUAUGAUUCAAGUCUUGCUCACCUGUGCCGGAAGCAUGUCCAGGUAAUGACUACGGACUCUGAUUAUUGAAAAUAUUUAGGAGACAGACAUUUUUUUCAGCAAGUUUUUAUACAGUGAAGUCUUCCAACACCCAUCCUCUCUCUCUCUCAAUUUCUCUUUCACACACAUUCACGUACGAGCCAAUAUUAUGUAACAUAACUACAGAUGUACACUAUAGUAUUUCAAUUAACACUGGUUAAUUAUCCCUAACAUCGCACAGAAUAUAAAUAUCUAUUUGUAUCACAAGUAGGUGUUUUUGAAUCCGACGAAUUAUUUAAAAGCUUUGUUGAAAUAAAAACUGACAUCACACUUAUGUUACUCUGUAAGAAACUUUUGUUAAUACUGUAGGUUUGUGUAAUCAGUACAAUUCUGUAUCUGCGUUGUUAUGCCAGUAUAUUAUUACAGUAAUUUAGUCCCGGGUGUAGAUAUUGACUUUUCAUUGUAAUGAUAUUAACAUUUUUUCUUUCUCAUCACUUACUUCAUAUUACAGCCGUUUGUCAAAUAAGUCUCCAGUUUAUAGAAGAAAUGUGUAGAACGUGGAUCACGUAUUGAGUGUAUCGUUACACCUUGAUCGUGUUUGACAAUAUCGUAUUACCUCCAUUGUAUGUUCAGGUGUAUCGUUGUAUCAAAACAUUGUGAAUAUAAACAUUUCGUUUGAAAUUUUGUUUACACUCAUUAAACAUUCGUACAUAUCUA